AUGGCGACCGUCGAGGAGAUAACCUCGCGCUUUGUCGCGCUCAACGCGCGGCGCGAGGCAAUCGACGCCGAACGCGCUCCCAAAUGCGCACCUGGCGCGCGUAUAGGAUGCUGCACGUACCCGGCGGACCUCAUCGAUGGCUACGUCGCGCUGAACGAGGCCAUCCUGGGAGCCCCCGGCGACCUGAAGGAUGCCGCGACGCAGCCUACCACGGCGGCAGCCAGCCACUCGCUGAGCGUGCUGACAGACGAGCGCGUCAUGUGCAUCUGCGAGGACGUUUUAUACGUGAUUGUCUACCAUUUGAUCGAGACGAAGCAGACCGACGCCAUGCUGGGCGCCCUCGUGCGCAAUGAGGCCUUCUUCUGCGUGCUGCCGCAGGCGAAGACCGCCAAGCUGGUUCGGAGCGUCCUGGAGCGCCUGUCUCAGGAGGUGAAGGACUUGGACGUGCUCUACAAGGUCUUCAGCAUCUACCGCGGCUGGUGCGAGUCGAAGAAGCGCACCUUCCUCGGGCUCAGGCUGGACCUAAAAAUCGCGAUUCUGCUUUUGCUACGGAGGAACUACUCCGCUGCCCUUAGCACACUCGAUCGGCUGCAGCAGGAGGUUAAGGCGCUCGAGGACAAGCCGCUGCUGCUGGACAUAUACCUGGUGCAGGCAAAGGCAUGCCUGCUUGUGCGCAACGUCGUGCGCAUGAAGAUCGCACUCAGCAACGCCAAGAACAUCGCGUCCAACAUCAACACGCCGACGUACGUCAACGCGGAAAUAGACCUGCUCAGCGGGUUGGUGUGCCUCAGCGAGAAGGAUUACGGCACGGCCUACUCCUACUUCUUCGAGGCGUACGAGGGGUUCCACAUGGCUGUCGGCGGCACCCACAGCGUGCUGUUUCCCAACCUCGCGCGUGCAAAAGCCAAGGCGAAGGUUCUCGGGGAGCUUACCACGGACACGGUGGCUCCGGCGCUCGUCUCAAACGCCGCGGUGUCGCUCAUGGUGGGCGAAGGCGAGCUCUACAGCUGCCACCCAACGAUAUCCGACAUAUCGCCCGUGUUCUUCACGUUCUACAACCUCACUGAGUACAAAAGAGGCGCGGAAGCAGGGAAUACCGGCAGUGACCUGCCGGCGGUGGAUGCAUGCGGCAGCCACUACCUGCAGUAUUACGGGAUGCUAAACCUCGACCUGGCGGCCAAAGGAUUAGACAGUGCAGAGCAGAUGCACUUCGAAAGCGUAGAAGAGCCCCUGGACAUCGGUAUGCUUGCGCGUAUUGACGAGCGCAAGCUGGUCCAGGCGCUGAAGUAUCUGCUGCUGACCGUCGUCAUCACAGGCCGAAACGACGAGAUGAUACCGCUCCUCGCGGCUAAAAACAAGCAAAAAUUCGUGAACCACGUGGAGUGCAAAAUGAUACAGCGCAUCAGCACGUGCUACAAGAACAGCUCCUUGGUGGAGUUCGAGAAGCUGCUCACGGAGUUCAAGCAGGUCAUCCUCAUGGACCCGGUGCUGCAGCAGGAGAUCCACCGGCUGUACGAGGCGCUGCUGGAACGCAACAUCACGCGGAUUCUGCAGCCGUACAGCAACGUGCAAAUAGACUUCGUCGCGAACAAACUGUGCCUGCCGCAGCAGAAGAUCGAGAAGAAGCUCGCGGAGAUGAUUCUGGACGGCAAGCUACGGGGUACAAUUGACCAGGGACAAGCGAAUCUCGUCAUCUACGAAGAGGAGGAGCACGAGACGUUCUACGAGGACGUCAACAAGACCGUCGGGCACAUGACGACGGUGAUAGACACGCUAUACGAGAAGGCGCAGCGCGCUAUAUGA